ACUGUCUUAUGAUAUGUUACAAAGAAGCCGACCCUAUUCGUUUUCGAUUUAGUUCUUUUGAAACUUUUGAAUAGUCCAGUCAUCGGAAAUUUGUUUUGACUUCCGUUCUAAACAUUGCUAUUGCUUGUAGCUGGUUCCAAGUCGCGAAUAGACUCUGAAUUAUUUGUUGAUUAUUUGUGAAUCCUUUAAGUGAAAUAACUCGCGUUAUCCUUUCGGAAAUGCCACGACGCAGCCGUGAUGACGAGUACAUCCCAAUCAAAAUCGAAGGAUGGAAUGGAAAGUUCGUGUACGAUUCAACCCCCACAAUGGCAACUAAGGCUCAUCCCCGCAAUCAGCAAGCCAGCAACACGAAUGACUUCUACGGUUUCAACACUGAACCCAUCGUCCUGCCACCAAAAUGGGACGGCACAUUCGUCCCCAAUACUGGAGGAGGAUCUCGCUAUCGAACAGAGGAUAGAAAUCGAUCGAACGACUCUCAGUUUUACGCAUACAACACCGAACCUGAAGUUCUGCCACCAACAUGGUCAGGAAAAUUCGUCCAGGAUCCAAAUGACGUGAGAAUCAAACCUGAAAGAAACCAGUCAGAUGGUCAACACUAUCACGGAUAUUCGAAUGAACCAGAAGUUCUUCCUCCAGAAUGGAACGGAAGAUUCGAAGUUCACCCUAACGAUAUCCGCAUCAAAGCUGAAAGGAACUUUUCUGAUGCCCGCGAUUACGCUGAGGCUAGUCGAUUCAGACUUCGGGAGAAUUAGAUAAUUGCUGGAUUGGAAUCUUAACUAAGUGAAUUAAAUUAUUUAUUACUAAAUAGCAAUCCUAAACCGCAAUAGAAUCUUGUUUAUGACGUGGCUGUGUUUCUGUAUGCGCAGUUAGAAUAGUAAAAGUUGCUAAGUCAUUAGCAUCAAAAAAUAGUAAAGCUGUUUAUCUGGUUUUACACAGUUCUGCCUAAUUGGGCGUUGAAAUUACCAUAAAAUAUGCUGAACAUGCCACGUCAGUAGAUCAGUUUGUACCUUAAUCUGUUUUUGUUAUUUUUGUAAUUUAUUCGAAUAAAGAGAAUUUUUGAAUUCCUGAA